AUCUUUCAUCAACAUACACACGGAUCUUAUUUAUGUAUACACAAAGAACUGCCAUACAUCAUGUCGAUGUUAAAAAUGCAGAUUUUUGGCAUUGAUAACUUAGUGGUCUACGAGUGGCUGUGUAUGUUAAAAUAGAGACGAUUCCUCUGUAUAAUGAACUAUGAUCAUAUUACAAACAUAGAAGAAACACUGAUUUGGAUAGCUCGGUGCUGAUAUUGAGUAUACGUUUUGGUACAGACUGGUAACAAGAAGGGAAGAUAUAUCAUAUGGUGAACGGCCAGAGAUGGACUCAUCUGAAGACGAAAAUCAGCACGGAAAAAGCCAAAAACCUAUGCUGGAUGCAAGUGAGGAUGAUAUAAACAAAGCAUCUGAUUGGGUUUCACCAAAAACCCACCAGCAAAACUCGUGUUGUUCGUGCAUUAAAAAACAAAGAUGGAACUGUUUGAUCGUUUUCCUUGUAAUUUCAUUAAGUUCAUUUUUAGUAUCAAUAAGAUUCCUGAUAUACCUUAUGUUUCAAUUCCAAGAUUUAAGUUUAGAGCUUGCAGUAUUGAGGAACAAUUCCUUGCACAACAGAUUUCAAAUUAAGCAAUCUGAAGAGGAAGUGGACAGAUUAUUUGUUGGACAUGAAAAACAUAGUGAACACAUAGACAACAUGGACAUUAUGUUAAAGAAUUAUACAGAGAUGUUUAGUGAAAACAUUGGAAAACUUAAAGUGGAUGUCAAUGACUUAUCAAGACUGUAUGAAAAUCAUGUCAAAAUACAGAGAGAUAUACAAAAAAUUAUAGAGACUAAUAAUAGAAAUACAAAGAUGAAGAUAGUGAAACUUGACACAAAAGACAUUGUGGUCCAAAAACAAAUUGAUGAAAUAGUUCGGACACAAAAUACAUUUCAUCAGAAGCUGUCAGACUUUUUAAUGGCAGGAUCCAAGGAAAACAUAAGUAAACAGAAAACAAACCACAGUCAAUGGAUCUCUUACACAUCAGGAAUACACACAUUGUUAUUGUCUAUGAUUCUGUUUAUUUUCCUUUGUAUGUAGGCGAAUAGUGUGAUAUUUAUUUUUGUAAUUCAUUAAUAAAAAUACUGCAAUAAAAAGUGAAAUGUUAAACUGUGAUCAAUUAUCAUCAACAAUUUUUCAAACAAAUCAAUGUAUUAGAAUAUUGUGGAGAAUAAUAUAUCUA